GGUGCUGCGCAGCGGCGGCUGGAGCGGUGCCGGGGCCGGACGCGGCGGGAUGCUGCCUGUGACAGCGGAGCGCGGCUGAUAAUGAGCGCCUUCAGUACGUGCUGCGAUGGAUGAGGAAGGUCUCGUGCCAGCGCAGAGCCGGGGAACACUGAGCUGUUGUGUCCGCGAUGGUGGCGCCUCCGCGCGCUCUCCCCGCGGCUAUCCGGACGAGGGACGGCGGCAGAGAAGGAGCGACACGGAGGCGUCCGGAUUCGCACGGUUCCCAGUGUGAGGAGGAGAGAUCUGCGCGGGAGUGAGGGAGCAGAGACAUGGAGAAGCAGAGCCGGGUCCGCGAGGACAUGUCGGCUUCGAAAGAGGACAAGCGCAAAGAGAAGAAGCCCAAAUCCGCGAAGCUCUUCAGGAAGAAAUCGCUGAAGUCCGUGGGGAGCUUCGUGAACAGAAUCAUCAAAACUUUGGGCACUUUCACGCACUUUGGAGACGCGCAGGACGCGGAGGACGACGACGGGGGGUUCGGAAAUGGCGCACCGUGCACCCUCAGCGCCGGCUCGGGGAUCCUCAAGGAGGACGUGCCGGUGGCCAGAAGCGCCCCGAGCACGUCCUCCUCUCUGUGCACCGGCAGAGAAAAACUACUUUCCCAGUACGGGGACAAGAUCCCCGGCGUGCUGGGGCUGAAGAACCACGGCAACACCUGCUUCAUGAACGCCGUGGUGCAGUGUCUGAGCAACACCGACCUGCUGGCGGAGUACCUGGGCUUGGAGCGCUACCGGACGGACCCGAGCCCCCCCGCGAUCAACGGCACGCUGCGGGGCGCGGACACGCGGCUGGCCCGGGCGGAGGUCACCGCGCAGCUGGCCGCGCUCGUCCGGGCUCUGUGGACUCUGGAGUACACCCCGCAGCUCUCCGUCGACUUUAAGGCUAUCGUGUCCAAGUAUGGGUCGCAGUUUCGGGGUAAUUCCCAGCACGACGCCCUGGAGUUCCUCCUGUGGCUGCUGGAUCGCGUCCAUGAAGACGUCAUCCUGGCCUCCCACAACAACAACAACAGGAUCAAAGCUCCGGGAAAGGCCGUCGGAGGAGCUGAAGAUUCGCCGCCUCCGGACCCGGCGUCGUCCCAGCAGCCCCGAGUCCAGCACAGCUUCGUUCAGGAGCUCUUCCAGGCGCAGUACAAAUCUUCACUGACGUGCCCGCACUGCCUGAAACAGAGCAACACCUUCGACCCUUUCCUCUGCAUCUCGCUCCCCAUCCCUCUCCGCCAGACCAGGCCGUUGUGCGUGACGCUGGUGUUCAGCACCAAAGGUCAGCGGUACCUGCGGGUCGGGAUGGCCGUGCCCCUGUUCGGCUCCGUGGCCUGCCUGAGGAGGAUGGUGGCCGACGAGGGGAAAAUCUCCCCGGACCAGGUGAUCCUGACGGAGGUUUACUCCACAGGCUUCCAGCGCUCCUUCUUUGAUGAAGACGACCUAACGAGCAUAGCGGAGAACGACGUCAUCUACGCCUUCCAGGCCCCGCCGCUCUACAUCAGAGGGGGCUCUGCGCGGAUCUCAGGGUACCACCACAGCCUGCCGUCGUCGCCGUACGCCACCGGGCCCGAGGGUCAGCGGCUGCCUCCGUCCGGGACGCUGUCGUCGGAGUUCCUCCACCAGGGCGUCCCCGUCAAGAUCCUGCUGCUGGUGUGCGACGCCGCGGGAGCGGGCCAGCAGGCCGUCCGGUUUGGCCCUCCGUUUCUCAUGAGGGAGGAUCGGUCUAUUUCCUGGGACCAGCUGCAGCAGAGCAUCCUCAGCAAGCUUUACUACCUGAUGAUCAACGGCGCUCAGGCACAGAACACCAGAGUGCUGUUUAACAUCCGUGUGGUGGGAGGAUCUGCGUUCUACAGCUACCUGUCCCCUCAGGACGGACGGCCGCUCUACCACCCUGCUGUCGACAGAGCUCUGAAGCUUUGCGGCUCCGGAGGUCCUCCUCACGUCAAGCUCAUCAUCGAGUGGGAGCACCGAGUCAAAGACUGCCUCUUCGGGAACAUCCAGGAGGAGGUGGUGAAGGACGCGGACAGCGUGAGGAGUCAGCAGCAGCAGCACGUCCAGCAGUACAGCUGCACCCUGGACGAAUGCUUCCAGCUCUACACCAAAGAGGAGCAGCUGGCCCCGGACGACGCCUGGAAGUGCCCCCACUGCAAGCAGCUGCAGCAGGGCAUGGUGAAGAUGAGCCUGUGGACGCUGCCGGACAUCCUCAUCCUGCACCUGAAGCGCUUCAGGCAGGUGGGCGAGCGCAGGAACAAGCUGACCACGUUCGUGCACUUCCCCCUGGCGGGCCUGGACAUGACGCCACACAUGGUGAACCGAAACCAGGCGCCGCCCCAGGCGGGGUGGAAGCACCCCAGGCGACCCGACGCGGCUCCCCCCGACUUCCUGUACGACCUGUACGCCGUGUGCAACCACCACGGAGGAAUGCACGGCGGACACUACACAGCCUUCUGCAGGAACUCCGUGGACGGUCAGUGGUACAGUUACGACGACAGCAGCACCGAGCCGGUCCCGGACGCCGAGGUGUGCACGCGCGGCGCCUACAUCCUCUUCUACCAGAGGAGGAACACCAUCCCCCUCUGGUCGGCCAGCUCCUCGCUCACAGGUUCAACCAGUUCGUCCACGUCGGACCACUGGCUGGUCCGGCUGACGGGGGGCAGCGAGAGGGGCAGCGUGGUGUCGGCUGGAGCCAUACCUGGACAUCUGGAGUCGUCGCAGCCUCCAGAGUCUCCUGAGCUGCCAGUGUUCAGAGAGGAGCUAUCCAAAACGGUGGAAGCAAAUGGCUCUGAAACCAGUCAGUUUUUCCGAGGGAGCCAAGGCCGGAGUGUGAGCAUGAGGUCGCCGACCAAGUCCAAGGACAGCCUGAACAAAGUCCUCCCUCUGCGGUGGUCCUUCGGGUCCAGAGACCGCAUCAAGCACUCGGUCCAGGCCCAGUCUGGGGAGCUGGUGGAGUACCUGGAGUCUGGGCGCCGGCCGCGAUGUACCAAAGAUCCCAUCAUCACUCUGGUGGCCACGCCGCCGCAGAGGAGCGCCCACGGACGGGCGCUGGACGCCGGACAGGACUGCAGCUCACCGAGCGGCAGCAGCCUCAGCUGCACCGACCGGCUCAGCAACGACGUGAGUUACUCCCCCAAAAUACCCGAGGGGCAGAGCAGAGCGUGCGCCGAGGGCGGCGGCGCCAAGGCCAGAGACGACGAGUGCCUCAGGCACCGGUCGUCCAAGAGGGCGAGGCCAGACCUGUGCCGGACCCUGGACCUCCAGAGGGGGGGCAUCCUGGGGGGACACAUCAGCCACAGCGCGCCUCCGAGCAGAGACUCCACUCUGAGGAGAACCAAGGCGGCGGCGGCAGCGGUUCCCUCCAGGGCUCAGAGAGACGCGCUGCAGCCGGACGACCGCAGAGGUCAGAGCGGACACGAAGGCCGCAGCCAGGACAGCCUCCUGUCGUUUUUCAGGCCCGGUUUCCUGAAGAAAGACUCCCCCCGCUCGCCCAGCAGGGGGCAGGACAGACGGAUGAACGGCUACGGACACCUGGGAAAGCUGGCCAGCGGUGAUUUGGCCAAGCUGUCCCUGUCCAACGGGACGCUGACGGCGGUGGCGCUGGAGGCGCGGCGGGCCGACGUCGUCCCCGGCUGCAACAGCCACGGCUGCAAGGCGCAGCUGCUGAACGGGAAGGCCGGCCAUCACGAGCCCGUCGACAUCAAGCGCGCUCACAGCUCCAGCAACAUCCAGACCAAGCUGGACCUGACGUUCCGCAGGUGCGCCUCGCUGCAGAGGAACGGAGAGGUGGCCGCGCCCCCGGCCCACCGCGUCCUGGCGUCGGACAGACCCGGCUACUCCACUCUGCAGCGGACGAGAUACAGCACCACCUCCCUGGUGCCUCUGUGACCGCUCUGACACCAGGACGUCUGCUCGCAGCCGGCCCACCCGCAGGAGGCGUCGCUUCAAAUGACAUCCCCCUUCUCUCGUCAUACUACUGCUAUAAGUUCCUACCUGUGUGUGUCUUAAACUAAAAUCUAUGCAGAGUUGAAUUACCGAGGGGAAAAUACUGCUGUACGAUGUUUUACUGUCACCCAUGUUUUGUUUUCACACUGUCGGCUGUGCUUUUUAUCUUUAGGCUUGACACUGAUGAAGUGCGGAGUGCUGGAUGGAUUUGCAUCACGUUAGUUCGCGACACAUAGAUUUUUAUGAAGCCAAUAUUCGUUUAAAGAGUUAUAUAAUGAGAGAGCGUGGGCGGUUUACAUAUAUCGGGCUAAGACAUGUAAGAUUGUUCUGAAAUGCUGCAAAAAGUACUAACUACACUGUAAACAGGCUGCCGCAGACCUUGAAGCUUUCUUUUAAUGUCUCAUACAAGAAGUGAUUCUACAGAAACGUCCCCCGGUGGAGACGUUAAAUAACAGGUUCUGAUUCGGAAACGAUGCUUCCUGUCAUUGAUUCUGCAAUAAUGUAUCGAUGAUAUCUAAUACAGGAUGUGAAAGGUCUAACUCCCUUCAUUUCAAACAAAAAUGUGACUGAUGGCUUCCGUUGACUCUUUUUGUUGCAUUUCCAAAUAGUUUCACUUCACAUCAGAGGACGUUUCUGUAGAAUGACCUUCAUACAUGCUGAUAUUUAUGGUGGGUUUUUUUUUUUGCUUUUCUGUCAGGUUUGAGCAGUCAGCUGUGAGGAAUGCAACUGUGGAAUCAACAAAUUGUAACCAGCCGAGCGGCUGGAUGUGUUUAUAGAUGUAUAAUGUUUAAAAAAUGUUGAGAUGUUCGGUAAGAGUGAGAAUGGCAUGGUAAGAUUUGUUGACGUGUCGACCAUCUUUUAAUGAGCCUUUUGAUCAAGUUCUGAAAUGUUUUGGCUUCAUAUGAAAAAGACAAACACUUAAAAAUGUCUCAAGCAUCCUGUCAGGCCACACAGCAGUGUAGGCGACGUUCAGUAUUCCCAUCUCUGCUGGUCUCUGAUUACGUGACAAAUUGUAAUUCUCUGAGUGUCUAUUUCUCUGACUUUCAGUUUUUACUCAUGAAUGAGUAUCGGAGACAGAAACCAAGAUCUUUUUCACAUUUCUCCCCUUUCAGAUAGACACGGUACAUAAAAAGUAACCUGAAAUAAGAUCUCAAAUUAAAGUCACAAGAAAAGACAAUUUUAGAAUUUAAAUUAAAAACACAUUUGACAAUAGGAAAGGGG